CUCUUCCCCACCAGCAUCAGUCUGGGGAGAGGGCCGAAGUUCUUCCCCAGAUCAUACGUUGGAGAGCCCAUUUCCAUGCACAAAAAAAAGCGGGAGAUGCAAGUUGUGCGCCAGUCACCAUAUCUUGCUCAGAUGCAUCAUCUCCCCCAUCGCGUUGAAGCCUGCGGUCGGGUAAAUAGCGGUAACACGGGAGAAUUAUCGCCAGUUGCGGGGGAGAUUUCGUGGAGCUGUCGGGGUGGAGGGCAACUCUCCCCUCUCCGAUUCUCAUCUCCGAACGAUCAAAGUGAUUGAUAACGCAGCGAACUGAGCAAUGGAAGACGACAACGGGCCAGACUCAUCCGGCUCUCCCGAUAACGCGCCUCGGGGCCCGGAGGUCGGCCACGCAUGCAACUCGUGCCGAAAGCGCAAACUCCGGUGCUCGAGGGAGCUGCCGGCCUGUCAGCACUGCCGGAAGUCUGCCUCCGAGUGUACCUAUGAGACAAAGCGUGCUAAGCCGGGGAUGAAGGCGGGUGCAUUGGAUAAUAUUCACCGAAGACUUGACGCGUUGGAACGUUCGGUUGGGAAGCAGCAGGCCACGAUUGAGAAUCUCGGGCCCGGAGGUACUCAUCAGGAGGAUGCUAGCGUGCAAAAUAUUCUUUCUGCUCUUGCAACUACCCUCCAGGGCCUCAGCAAGCAGUCGCCUUCCACCUCAGCUCACAGUGGACCUCCAGCCAAACGGCGUCGCCUCGAUCAUGAUGACCAUGGUGCAUACUUGCUCUCUCGCGACCCACCUCUGCCAGAUGACACCGUCCUGAGCCACGUGCUCGAGGCGUACUUUAUUUAUGUUCACCCUUGGACCCCCAUCAUCCACGAGGCUCGCUUUCGCAGACGGUUCGUUGACGAUGGCGAACAGGAGAGGUUGCAACUCAUCAUACAUUCCAUGGUGCUCGUCGCGCAUGGGUAUGUUGAAGAUGCCGACACCGCAGCGUCACUGGAGAAACAACCAAAGCAGUGGGAGGAGAUUAGGGACUGGAUUGUCUCUCAGGCGAUGAAGCAGCCUUCUGUUGAGAACCUGCAGGCUCUAGUGAUCAUUGCCUCUAGUGAUAUCGGCAACGGUCAAGGAUCCCAAGCGUGGCCGCUUGUCGGUUCGCUGUCCCGCAUGGUCGAGUACCUCCAGCUGACCGUCGAGCAUGACGAACCCGUGCACCACUUAUUCUCGCAGCCGUACAAACUGCUGGCACCUCCAAAGGAUUGGACGGAAGCCGAGGAGCGCCGCAGGAUCUUUUGGAGUAUCUUUGCUCUUGAUCGAUUCUGCUCUGUGAGCAUGGGCUGGAACACUAGCUUAACGGCUGACGAUGUCCGACGAAGGCUUCCAUGUGACGGAAUUACCUGGCGCAAAGAGAACCCCGUUGUGACUCCGUACUUUGGUAUUUGGGACAAAUCUGCCGGUCGCAUUGGGAACCCCAUCGCAUUUCUCCCUACGCAUCCCGUGUCGGUUCGGCCAACCCAGGACGAGGGAGAGACCCCUUCGGAUGCUGGAACCUCGCCAGGUGGCGUCUCCACCGUCGACAUGUCUACGGUUGGAGCCUAUGCUUACUGCCUCGAAGCCACCGAAUCUCUCAGCCGCGUCACGACAUACUUCCUCCAGCAAAAGGUCAACCUGAACGACCAGAAAGAGUUUGGCGCCUGGCUCACCCGGUUCAAAGAGCUCGACCUCCGCCUCGUGCAUUGGAAGAUGCUCCUGCCACAGAAAUGGACAGUCAACGUCACGCAGCAGUCCUUAUCGAGAAUGGACCCUAACCUGACUCUAGCUCAUGUCACCCACAAUGCGUCGAUGAUUCUGCUUCAUCAACCUAUUGCAUUCCCUCUCCCCGAAUGGCCGUACAGAAGCCGGCUACCCAGUACCUGCAGUAUGGACACCUGCCAGUCCGCGGCAAUCGAGGUUGCGUCUAUCACCAACCACUAUCUCAAGAGCUCUCUCACUACGUCUCCCCUAAGCAGUCAACUUGCAUUUUGCGUGUUCAUUGCCGCGCGAGCCCUACUCUUGUACUGGCAACACAGCGCGGACGAACAGGGAGUGGCGGCGGAUUUUUGGGUGUUGAUUCAAAGCCUUGACACAAUGUCAACUCGCUGGGCGGGCGUCCAUGGAGCUGUACCAGCCCAGAAGAACCUCCCUGCCAAGUAUUCUGCGACUCUCGCUCAGCUACACCGUAGAUGCUCCGAGGACCAGUCAUUCAAGAUCAAUAUUGCCGGAUAUACGACGGAAAUCACACAUUCUCUCGACGAACCAGACUUGUCUGCGGCACAUCCGCCGCAUAUUCCUCUUCAGCCUGCAGAUACAACCAGAACAUCCCUCCAAACCAUCCACUCACGACAGAUCCAAUCCAGCCCGGUUCAAGCUCGAACAAUCGACGGCAACCGUCUCCCUCCACAGCCAUUUGCGCCUCAGCGAAUCCCAGCGCUUACGCCGAACUCCUUCUCGUUGAACAUGGGCAUUCCUGAACAAGGAAUGACUAAUAUGCUCCGGCCAGACUUUACACCAGACUCGGAUGAUCCAAUGGCGAUUUCACAGAUGCUGCUUGACCAGCAGUUUACAGGACUAGAUAGAGUCAUCAGCUACAGUGAUGGGCUGUUUGGAUCUGAUUAUGAGGCGCAGAGAUGGUGAGGCCUUUUGCCAGUCUCGGAAGGAUCUGGGUAUAAGGUAACAGAGGCUUCUGGCUUUACCUGAAUCUCUACUUCGAAAUGCCAACUAAGUAAUAUGACAUCCGUGUAUCAUGUAUCCGCAGCCGAGUAAUGAUAUCGGCCAUCACAAUAUACCCAUUCAAGAGCUCCUCUCGGAGUGGAUCUGGUAGAAC